UCCAACGACCAGCUCAACCACCUCUGACCUUCUUGCUUCUGUCCAUCGUCUCUCUCUCUCUCCUCAGCUUGUCAACGACGAAGCGCGCGCAGACACACAUCACUCUCUACCUAGCUAGCUAGCCCUCAGCCUGUGCCCGACCUGUGGUCGACAUGAAUUUCUCCUCCUAUUUCUUCUCUUCCUCCUCGUCAUCCUCCGACAAGAAGUCGUCGUCGUCGUCAUCCAAGCGCCGGCAGCAGGCGGCGCAGCCGCAGCCGGACGCCAACACGACGCGGUACCUGGGCGUGCGGCGCCGGCCGUGGGGCCGGUACGCGGCGGAGAUCCGAGACCCGGCCACAAAGGAGCGGCACUGGCUGGGAACCUUCGACACAGCCGAGGAGGCGGCCGUGGCCUACGACCGCGCCGCGCGCUCCCUCCGCGGCGCCCGCGCGCGCACCAACUUCGCCUACCCGGACCUCCCGCCGGGCUCCUCCGUCACCCCCUACCUCUCCCCGGACCUCACCUCGGGCGACAACGCCACGCAGCUCCUCCAGCCCUUCUACGCCGACCCCGCCGCAUCCCUUGCUGCGGCGGCGGCCCCUGCCGCGACGAACGGCGCGGCGGGCUACGGCGCCGCCGGCGACUACGCCUCCUACGGCUAUAGCGCCGAGGACAUGUCCGCUCUCAUGGAAGACCUCGCCAUACCCGACGACCUGACUGCCGACUACGGCGCUGAAGACGCCGGCGGCGGCUCCGUGAACAUGCCCUCCAUGUACAGCGGCGGCGGCGGCGCCAAUGCCAGCUCCGGUAGCGGGUGGUGCGACGCGUCGGAGUUCAGCGCGUACGGUGCGCCGACGACCGCCGCCUCGCACGGGGUGUACUUCGAGGAAGGGUACGUGCAUAGCCCGCUCUUCUCGCCGAUGCCGGCCGUCGACGACGCCUCCGCCGACGGCUUCCAGCUCGGCGGCUCCUCCUCGUCCUACUACUACUGAUCAUCCGUACGUCCCGCUCGGUGCCGUGUUCCUGGAUCGAUCGUCGACCGCCUCUGCGCCCGCCGGUGGUGGACUGUGGCGUGGUGAGUUGCUGGGUGCGCUUAGCAGUUUAAUUACUUCCCUAUAACAGUCGUGUGAUAAUAUGAUAUUAAUAAUAUAUACCCCUAUGUACUGUCACUGUAUUUUAACACCUUUUGGGCCUCCAUCUCCAUUUCUCUUGGUGAUGGAUGGGCCUUUCAUA